CUAAAAGAGACAACAUGGAACCAGACCAAUUGCGUAAGGGUGACAACUCUAAUUUAUUAUUGUGUAGCAGAAAGCAAAAUUUCCUGGAACAGUUCAAAGUACAAAAUAUAGACAUUGUCGUUACUAAUGCUGUGAAAAAAGACAUAAUAUAGUACUCAAACAUAUAUCUGGACAACAUGUACUUUCUCUGAUUAAAAACAACCAACUAACAACAUGAGUUUUAAAAGAGAAGUACCAGCUCGACCACCACCACCAACAAAAGGCUUGGGUAAAAAGACUGAUUCUACACCUGCCAUGAAAUUCAGUUUUAAGUCGUUAGAAGAAGAUGAAGAUGAUGAGGAAGAUUUGACGACUAUGACGGGAGAAUUGACGAAGAAAGUGGAAUCUGACAAACUAAAAAAAGAUAACAAACCUCCUGACUCUCCAAAUAAAAUUUCUACAGAAAAGAAAAGUCGUGAAGAAAGUGACAAACCUUCUGAGGAUAAAAAAAGAUUCAUAAAAAAAGAAGUAGGUGAAGCAAAAAAAGUUGUUGCUUCACAGAGGAGUUUGGAUAGCCCUUCUCAUAUUAGUGCUAACACUACUACGGCUGAACCCAUCCCAAUUAGAUCCUCAAGUGCAGACAAACUGCAGAAAUAUUCAAAAUCUGUUGAAGAAGAGGGCUCUGCGAUGUCCUGGCUGAAACAGAAUGUGGCUGAAAUUUCUUCUGCUGUGAAAGAUAAAGCUGAAAGGGCAAGGAAAAAAAUUGAAGAAUUAUCUGAAAAUAUCGGGAAAGAUGAAGAUGAAAAAGUAAAAGUAAAAGAAAUGAAGGCAAUAAAUACUGACACAAGUAAAACAGUUGAAAGAACGGGAGACACUCAACAUACAGUGAAAAAAGAAACAGUCGAACAGCUUAAGCAUGUUAAGUCAACUCCUGACAAAGUUCUGGAGGAAUGCACUGAUGUUUUUGAAGGGAAGUCACAUUCUGAUACUGAAAUAGAAACAGUGGAAGUUGAAGAAUUCAAUAUUGUAGAUGACUUUUAUUCAAAUGAACCGAUUGAAGAUUUUACAGGGGUACCUUCUGUCACAAGUAGCCACAAUACUUUUGAAACAAAGAAGCCAAAAACUUCUUUGAAGCGAAGAUUAGUGAAAAGCAAAGUUCCAAAAUUUACUUCCCCUGUAGCGAUGUCAAAAUUAUCCAAAGAUAAGGUAGAUGAGUUAGAAGAGGCAACAUUUUAUAAUGCUGCUGAUGAAACAGUUACAGUAAAACCUCAGUCACAUUCGUCAAAAUUACAGGGUGUAGCAGAAAGUGUAGAAAAACAUGUUCCAACAAAAAAAUUCCUGAUUGUGAUUGGUAUUAUGUUUUUGUAUAUUGUCCUUCCCCUGCCGUCAUAUAUUUCUGGAAUGGUAUUAGGAAGUUUUAUUGCUUCUCUUGGGUGGAUUUCUUAUAUAUUUUUAACAAAGCCAAGUAUGCCUAAAGAUUCCCCCAAGAUAAUUCCAGUCAAAGAUUUGCAGCCGAUGACAGAGCCUAAUUUGAAGGAUGUUAGCCUUGCUGAUGGUGUUACAGUACAUAAGGGUUGGAUGAAUGAAAUAGCAGAUUAUAAUCAAGAAAACUAUCAUAUUAACAAUACACAUUCAGUUCAUGUCACUUUAGAUGGUGUUACAUUACGUCUAAGAUUUCCUAAAACUAAUAUUGCUAAGAGAGCUAUGUGGGAUGAAGAACCUCCCAAAAAUAUUGAAUAUAUUCAUCAGAGAAUUUUUAACCUUGAAGGAAGCAGGGUCUUCCUAAUGCCUCCUGGUCUUGUGAAAAAAAGAAUUUGGAGUAAAAAAUACCCAAUAUGCAUUGCUUUGAAGAAACCAGGUAGUAAAGUAAAUGAAUCUUUGCCUGAGUCGGACCAAGGUUUUGAAAUCAUAAGUGAAGAUAAGUGUGGUCCCAGCAUCCUGUAUUUAUUUGCAAGGACUUGUCAUGAAAAGGAAGAGUGGUUCAAAAAGAUUGACGCUGCAUGUAAAGGAACUCCGUUAAAGCUUCAUUUAGAAGUCAUUAAGCAAUAUUUUCUCCAAAAAGGUUCCUCUAAAACACAAAAUGUUUCAGCAUCGUCCACAGAGGCUCAACAUAAGCGUUCAAGUUCUGAGGGGACACCUCAACAUAAGCGCCACGGGUCAACAGAUUCUAUAAGUUCAACUGGUUCAUCUUCACCAAUGAAUGAGCAAGGCGAAACAGAAUCUGCUCCCUUUAGUAUGGAAGAAUUUGUUUCUUAUAUGGGUAGAUGUAUGCCUAGGGAAUAUUAUACUGACUUUAUAAUCAAUAAAAAAAGUGUAGGAAACAUUAUUGACUGUGAAACUCAAUUACUUUGGGUAAAUGCUAUGAUUUCCAGAUGUUCAUGGGAUUUUCUUCAUCAGAAAUACUGGGCUGAUAAAGUAAUGGACAAGUUGCAAAAGAAACUAGAUAAAAUACAUAUCCCAUAUUUUAUAGAAGCAUUUAAAAUCACAGAUAUAAAUCUUGGAUCAGAAAUGCCAGUGAUACGCAGGGCUGGUAAGCCAUUCCUGAAUAAUCAAGGAUUCUGGGUAGAUUUAGACAUAAACUAUGGAGGUGGCUUUAAAAUGACAAUUGAGACUAAAGUAAACUUAAUGAAACUGAAGAAAGCUGCUAAAGAUUCCACAGAGUCCAGAAAACCUCAUUCAAAAUCUGCAGUAACUGACGAGGAAGAAGAAGACAGCGCUGAAUCUUCAACUGAUGAAGAAGAAGAAGUAGCUUCUCAAGGAAGUGAAGAAAGUGGAGGUGGUAAACGUAGAUUUAUGAGAUAUUUAAAGAAGAUCACAGAUUCUAAGUAUUUCCAAUCAGCCACAGAAAUGAAGUAUGUUAAGAAAGCAAUGGAAGAGGUGUCCAAUACACCCUUGGUCCUUACAGUAGAGUUACGGUUCCUGUCGGGAGUAUUAGCUAUCAACAUUCCUCCCCCACCUACUGACAGAAUAUGGUAUGGAUUUAGAGGAAACCCCAAAUUAACUUUAGUUGCAAAACCCAAAGUUGGUGAGAGGAGAGUUACUGUCUCGCAUAUAACAGAAUUUAUAGAGAAAAAAUUAUCUAUUGAAUUUCAGCGAGUCUUGGUCAUGCCAAACCUAGAUGAUUUAGUUAUCCCAAUACUGUUCCCAGAAUACGAUACUGACACAGUGCCUGUUGUUCCUAAGCCUCCUUCAACUGCAUCCCUGUCUUCACAAACUGGUUCCCCUGUGUAAUAAUGUCAGCAAGUCACAGUAGUGCCUAAAUUCAGAGAUCAGCGCCAUUUAUGUUACCAUGGAAAUCCAAAGCUUAAUGCACUGACAACCUAAUGAUUGUAGCUUCCUAAUGUUUGUUAUUGUAGUGUUUUUGUACAACUUUAAUAUUGUUAACUGCUGAGUAGCUUUUUUACAAUCAUUUAUAAACACAUUCUUCAAAUAUCAAUAACAUCAACAUUAGAAUUUUUUUUAAAGUGCAGUUCUGUCACUAGGCAGAAUAUGAUGAAUAUUUUAAUUUCUGUGCAUCUGCAUGUGAAGGAUUUUUUUAAGUUUAAGAAUAAAAACCUCAAACUUGAGUGUUUUCAUAUAGAAACUGAAAAUGUAAAAUAUGUCAAAGUAUAUUUUUAUCUGUCUUUAUUGAAUGAUGCUUAAGAGAUUUUAAAGCAGACGGGACAUUAUUGGGCUUAUUUUUUAUCUGUUUCGCCUCCAAUAAAUACUGUGAAAUAUUUCAAGUUGUUGCAUAAACCUGUGUGAAAAUGAAAGAGAAUUAUUAUUGUUAAGUUUGUCUCAUAAAGUAUUAACAGUUUCACCACUGAUAAGCCAAAAUUAUAGAGAAUUUAGUGAAAGUUUACAA